CUCAAACACCUUUGUCUCGCACGCCGUACACCACGCCUGCACCCAUAUCCUCCACCUACCGCGCCUUCCACAGACGCCUGUACAAUACCAUCUUCCCAGUCGCCGGCCAUGGCGACAAAUCCGAAUGCGAUCAACGUGAACGACCCGGGGCUGAUUACCCUCGUGAACAAGCUCCAGGACGUCUUCACAACUGUCGGAGUCCAAAACCCCAUAGACCUGCCCCAGAUUGCCGUCGUAGGAUCGCAGUCUAGCGGAAAGAGUUCGGUGCUUGAGAACAUUGUCGGACGAGAUUUUUUGCCUCGAGGAACCGGUAUCGUCACGCGAAGGCCGCUCAUUCUUCAACUCAUCAACCGCGCAUCCAACUCACAAUCGAACGGCACCAGCGAGGGUGCAAAGACUACAGACCAGGAGAACAAUGUGGAUGAGUGGGGCGAGUUCCUGCACAUUCCUGGCCAAAAGUUCCAUGACUUUAGCAAGAUAAGAGAUGAGAUUGUGCGCGAGACAGAGUCAAAGACUGGUCGCAAUGCGGGAAUUUCGCCCGCGCCCAUCAACCUCAGGAUAUACUCGCCAAACGUCCUUACACUCACGCUGGUCGACUUGCCCGGCCUGACCAAGGUGCCUGUGGGAGAUCAGCCCAGGGAUAUCGAGCGCCAGAUUCGCGAGAUGGUUCUCAAGCAGAUUAGCAAGCCCAAUGCCAUCAUUCUGGCUGUGACGGCUGCCAACACCGAUUUGGCCAACUCGGACGGUCUGAAGCUCGCACGCGAAGUCGACCCAGAAGGACAACGGACAAUUGGUGUCUUGACCAAGGUCGACUUGAUGGACGAGGGAACUGAUGUUGUAGACAUUCUCGCUGGACGCAUUAUCCCAUUGCGACUGGGAUACGUGCCCGUUGUCAACCGUGGCCAGAGGGACAUUGAGAAUAAGAAGGCGAUUUCCUAUGCGCUCGAGCACGAACGGCAGUACUUUGAGAAUCACAAAGCAUACCGCAACAAGGCUGCCUACUGCGGUACACCCUACCUGGCCCGUAAGCUGAAUUUGAUUCUUAUGAUGCACAUCAAACAAACGCUCCCCGAUAUUAAAGCCCGUAUCUCAUCCUCGCUGCAAAAGUACCAGGCCGAGCUCGCGUCGCUUGGCAACUCCAUGCUAGGCAACAGUUCCAACAUUGUUCUCAAUAUGAUCACAGAGUUCACGAACGAAUACCGUGGUGUGCUCGAGGGCAAUAACCAGGAGCUGUCUGCAGUCGAACUUUCUGGUGGUGCGCGUAUCUCGUUCGUCUACCACGAGCUGUACGCCAACGGUGUCAAGGCUGUCGACCCCUUUGACCAAGUCAAGGACAUGGACAUUCGAACAGUCCUGUACAACUCUUCCGGUUCAUCGCCAGCACUGUUCGUGGGUACCACGGCGUUUGAGCUCAUUGUCAAGCAGCAGAUUAAGCGGUUAGAGGAUCCUAGCUUGAAGUGUGUCAGUCUCGUCUACGAUGAACUGAUCCGCAUCCUUGGCCAGCUGCUUAACAAGAACUCUUUCCGAAGGUAUCCUGCUCUGAAGGAGAAGCUGCACCAGGUCGUUGUGUCCUUCUUCAAGAAGGCAAUGGAGCCUACCAACAAGCUUGUCAGGGACCUUGUCGCCAUGGAGUCCGUUUACAUCAAUACCGGCCACCCAGAUUUCAUCAACGGUUCGCGCGCUAUGGCGAUUGUGCACGAGCGACACAACAGCAGCAAGCCUCAACAAGUUGACCCCAAGACUGGAAAGCCCCUGCCGCCGACCGUACCCCCACGAUCCAUCUCACCCACACUCGACUCCGGCGAGGGCGGUGGCUUCUUCGGCUCUUUCUUCGCUAGUAAGAACAAAAAGAAGAUGGCUGCCAUGGAGCCUCCGCCACCUACCCUGAAGGCAUCUGGCACUCUGUCCGAGAAGGAAUCCCAAGAAGUCGAGGUCAUUAAACUACUGAUCACAUCCUACUUCAACAUUGUCCGCCGGACAAUGAUUGACAUGGUCCCCAAGGCCAUCAUGUUGAACCUCGUGCAGUGGACAAAGGAGAACAUGCAGGGAGAGCUGCUCACCAACAUGUACAAGACGGAUGAGCUCGACGAGCUGCUGAAGGAGUCCGAGUACACGGUCAAGAGGCGGAAGGACUGCCAGCAGAUGGUGGAGAGUCUGACCAAGGCGCAAGAGAUUGUCAACCAAGUGCAGUAGAGGAGUGCUUUGGCGAGCGGGUCUUGUUCACUUCUAUGGGUUUGGCAUUCUGUGUAAGGUGUUCUGGGUGCUAGCAUACUAGAUUUCGUCCUAGUCUGCCCGUGUCAUAGGUGCCGGAUGAGAUAUGCAUGCAGUCAUUGUUACGAAUUUACUGAAAUACACGACAU